AAUAAAGCAUGCGAUGCACCAUUUUAUUGUUCUUGGCAGUUUGAUGCUGAAAAGCAGUUGAACACAAAAUCAGCAGCGGAAAAUUGUGCUGUAUACGGUGAUCACUAUAUACUUUCCCUGGUACAGAGUGAUACUGCAAGGCUAUCGAGUAUAACGAUCAUCUGUUUAUUAAACCAUCGGAAGAGUCUCACAAUCCCAGAACCAUCAUUCAAAUGCGCUCAUCAAGUGAUCUCGGAAGAUCCUCUGAAAAUUCCUGCAGGACAAGUACUCCAGCCAGUGCCUGGUGAUCCUCCUCAGCCACAUUUCGACGGAUACGAAUUCGCACCUGCAAAGGAUCAUUUGCACUGA